CGAGAAUUACGGCACAAUAUUUGUUUGUCUGCAAGGUGGACAUUACAAGUAGGGUGAACUCAUCAUUGAUUCUCUCAUUCUAUCAGCAGUCACCAUGCGGGGAUGGAGAUGAGCGCAGCAUUUGUUCACUUCCAGAUAUUAAUUUAACUGCUAUAUGGAAAAGACACAUUGCAGAUUUCAGAAAAAAAAAAUGAUGAAUUUAUCGGAAAAAUAUAUUGUGCUAAUAAUUAUAUUACUUGGCCAAUACGCAAGGCGUUGCACAGUGAACGAGCAAUCAUACGAAUUUGCAAAUAUUACAAUGGAUGGUGAUUACAUAAUAGAUUUUGUUCUUUCAAUCCACGAAGGAAACCGUCCGGAUGAAGAUACUGUCAUCAGCGUUGAUAAUGUAGUAGCCGUUGAAGCAAUAAUUUCAGCCAUCGAAUAUAUUAAUGAGGAUGCCUCACUUUUGUCUAAUGUGUCUCUUGGAUAUGUGAUUCAUGACGAUUUCAACAGCCCGCAGCAAGUUUCUGCAAUAGCCAUGAAGCUGUCACAACGUAUCCUGUCGAACAGUUUAUUGACUAGUGGGUAUCAGCUCUGUCCGAAUAAGAGUAAUGGUUGUAGUCAAUCAGAAGCAAACUUUUCCAUUGUUACCGAGUCACACUCUUUCAGUAACGUUAACAUUACACAAAGCACAAAUUCAGACAAUAAAUUGAGUAAUGAAAACGACGUGGAAUUUAGCGAGAAAAAUUACUAUAAUGACGAUGCAAAGGAUACUUCAAUUUCUCAAAAGCCCGUUGUUGCUGUUGUAGGCAGCAGCACGAGCGAUACCACAGUAAGUUUAGCAAUGAAUUUGCAGCUGCUCGGCAUACCCAUUGUCGGGUGUAUGGCAACAAGUAACGUUUUCCAGCGAUGGCUUUAUUUUCCAAAUUUCAUUCGAGUGGUUCCGUCUGACAAAUUUCAAGCCCAAGCAAUCUUUGAUAUCAUUGUCUACUUUGAAUGGAGCUACAUCUUCGUACUUACGUCUAACAAUUAUUAUGGACUGGAAGGUUUGUUACUGCUGGAGGACGAAGCUGCGAAACAAAAUGUAUGCCUGAACAGCUUGUCCAUACAAGCUCAUAGGAACAGCAGUAUAGACGAAAAAUCAAUUCGGAACGCCCUUGAUAAACUUAACGAAGAUGAUCGCGUCAAAGUUGUCAUAGUAUUUAUGCUUCCCGGAGAGGCGCAGAAACUGUUUGUGGAAGUAUCGAGAAAGAAUAUAACUGGGAUAACAUGGAUAGCAAGUGAAGCAUGGGCAGGACGUGGUGAAUUUCUGACCUUACCACCACACAUUAUGCAAGGUAUAAUUGGCGUUACAUUAAAUUCACAGACUCACAAAUUGCCGGACGAAUACCCGGUAAAAAUUCAUCCAGGACGAAACAAAUGGUUGUUGCCUUUCCUCUGCCAGCAAUACAACAUUGCAGUUGAUUGUUCUUUGAAAAAGUUACAAAAUAUUUCAGACUUCCCUCGGAAUUUAACUUCGUUUUAUGAUUGCUUCCCAGUUUCAUUAAAUUUCAUCUGGACUUAUAUGUUCGACGCAAUUUAUACGAUUGCCAAAGGAUUACACAAUCUUUUAGAAGUAAAAAAAUGUGAAAACAAAUCGGUGCCUACUAUCAACUAUUCAGAACUUCUUCAGAAUUACAAAGACAUUCGCUUUAAAGGUUUUUCUGCUGUCCCCAUCCAAUUUGAUCGUUACGGAGAAGAAAUAAAUGCUCACUAUGACAUAUUAACUUUACAGUUCAAUGAAUCAAUCAAAAAGUUAGAAUAUAUCAAUAUUGGAAGCUGGCAGCAAGUUAACAGUGAUACGUCGUUGACCAUUAAUCCUUCAGACAUUCAUUGGAAUAAAGGAGUAAAGCCGAUGUCAAGAUGUUCAGUUCCUUGUGGAAAAGGCUAUAAACGCAAAAUCGGAUCACAGUCAUGUUGUUGGGUUUGUGAAAAAUGUCCUCCUGGCUGGGUUUCAACGAGUAAUAUUUCAUAUAAAUGCUUACGAUGUGAAUAUUUGAAACACCCUAAUGAUGAUAACAGUGAGUGUGUUGAUGAUAAACGUACAUGGUUCUCCUAUGAUUCCCCUGGUGGGAUUAUUAUAAUCUUACUUUGUUGUGUUGGAGAAUUGUUUAGUGUAACGCUUUUACUUCUUUUCUCAAAGCAUAGGAACCAUAAUUUGUAUAUUGGAAUGUCAUUCAAAUUCUUAUCCUUUCUUGUUGCAACUUUUGGUUUUCUUUUACCUUUCACUUUCUUACAGCGACACUUAGAUAUUAUUUGUCAUAUUAAUAUUAUAUGUUUACAAUUAUUUUAUGCCCUACAUUUAUCUCUCAUGUUUUACAGCAUCGGUACAAUCCGUCACUACGUUGGACAUUUAAAUAGACUUUUUAAAAAUAUUCCACUAAAAGGCAAGAAUAAAAAAGAUAAAUCCAAUGAAAUGAAUCAUAUAACAUUUAAUACAGACACUAAGUGCUGCAGUUUAAAUUGCAUAAAUAUGGGAAGUUUUGUUUUUAUUCUCACUGUUCUGCUACGAAUUUCUCCAUUAGCAUUUAAUGGACUACAAAUGCCCGCGCAAGUAGUUAUCAAAAAAGUUUCAACAAAUAAUAUUUUUCUUUACUGUAGAUCAAAAGAUUGGGAUUUUUACUUCGCCUUGCUUUAUGAGGCCAUAAUGCUUUGUUUGAUUCUAUUGUUCUCAAACAAAAGUCGGAAUUCUACUAGCAACAAUGAUAUUUACCAAAAUGGAUCAACUAUUUACGACAAUGAUAAAAUAAUAUAUUACGAAGCUUUCCUCAUUGCUUUAGUGUGUUUUACUUUUACCCCAUUCGAACGCUUUGAAAGUAAACCAUGGAUAGCUACUAUACUUCAAUCGACAGCAGUAAUAAUUAUACAAUAUAUCUUUGUUGUCUCUACUUACGGUACAAAACUGUACGUCAUCUACAGAGAACGAAACAAAAGAAAAUAGCCGAAUUGUAUAUCAAAAUAAGUGUUCGUGUAUAGACAGAAAAAUUUCCGAAGUUUUGAAACCUAUUAAUUUCCGAAGUUUUGAAACCUAUUAAUUUGUGCUUUGAUAAUGGACUCACAAAGAAUUCGGAUUUUGUUAGGUUGUUGCUUAAUUUUGAAUCUUGCUUUUGUCAAUGUAUAAACAUUGUUUUCAAGAACUGGAAAGUAGUUUCAGUCGAUAUAAUCAUAAAAUCAUAAAAUCAAAGCAGUGAUAAGUGUCAUUGUAGUGCUAGACUAAUAGUAGAUUGGAUUAAAAUACUGUAGUUGAAAUAUAUAUAUCAAAUUAUAAUAUUGGCGACGGAAAAUAUUAGCUUAGUGAUGGUGUUACAAAAGAUAACACCAUAGUUGUAGAAAGUAAAGUAUUAAAGAAGUUAGCGCAAUAAUAUCAAAUUAGAUUAGAUAUUUAUUUAUUGGAAAUGGUUUGUUUUUGUUGAUUUUUCCUUAUAGAAAGACUUCGGCCCAUUUGCUUGACAAAUUGAGAGGAUCGAACAAACAAAAUGUAUGAAUAAUUAUAAAGCUUUAUAUUGUUGGAAAAAUACUAUCAAACAAAUUAGUGAAGUUUAAAAUUUAUGUUAAUCACGAAGGAGUUGAAAAAAUUAUGGGUAAAGGUCUUUAAAGAAAAUAAAUUAAAGAUAUAUAGAAACGCAUGUGAUAAGAUAUUAUGUAUUUGGCUUGAAUUUACCGCCAGCAAAAGUCAAGUCCAAAGAUAAAUAUAAAGGGACCAAAAAUUGCUUAAUAUAUUCCACAUAAUAUUAAGAUACUUCAGGCAUCAUAUAGAUCUUUAUAUAGUAAAUGGCUUACUUUCCUUCUACCGUUUCAAUUAAAUAAUAACAUUCACUUAGUAAAAACAGUAUUACACUUCAAUAAGUUCAAACUACUCUAUUUCUUCAAUAUAAAUGUGUGAAUUUAUGUUAAUAAUGAAUUCAUUAUUCUAAUAAAAUAAAAACGGUGAAUAGGUACUUUUCCUUUUAUGCUUUUUUUUUUCUUACUUCAGAUCUCAGUGUUUACUUUGAUUAUUCUAAGAUUGUUAGUAUAAGCAAACGUAAUAUAUAAUAGGUUUAAUCAAUCCAUUAUAUCCCUAAACUUCAACAGAAAUCGGAUUAUGCGAUGUCGAAACAUUAAGCAAUAAGAAAUAUCAAAAUUACACGUUGAAGUCACGACUCACAACUUUUCUUUUGCAAAUAUACUAAAGGAAAUAUCAUAACGCAUAUCUAUCUAUCUAUCUAUCUAUCUAUCUAUCUAUCU